AACGUCAAACCGUUUUGCUGGUUUAGCUCGAACGUGAACCAUUUUUUCUGACGACGAGUUUUCCACCAUCCGCACUCAGUCAUUUAGAACCGAAAGCAAGAGUGUGUGUUGUUUUCCGAACUACGGGUUUCCAUCGUCAGCAAAAAGUACAUAAAGUAGCAACGAUUCCCAGCUGUUUCCGGAUCGAGUUUUGUCUUUGUGGACCAGCAUCAUGAGCACCAACUGACCGUUCGUCACAUCCAGCAACGAUGAAUCUGCAAUCCUUGUUCCAGGACUUCAAUCCGAGCAAAUUCGUUGUACAUUGCUGUUUAUUCACUUUUACGGUUUUGUUCUGCCUGCGUUUGGAUGAAAUCAUAGAUUGGCCCUAUUGGGUAAUAUUUAUACCGCUAUGGAUAUGGAAGUCGAUAGCUACUUUAGGAGCAAUCGUUGGAGCCAUAGUAUGGUGUCGCUAUCCACACUACAGGGUCGAGGGAGAUUCCUAUUCCCACUUCAAGGCCAUGCUGAUAUCGCUGUCGCUCCAUCUAAUACUGUUGAUGUUCGAGCUGUUGGCCUGUGAUAGACUGACCUCCGGGAGGCACCUGUGGGUGCUGGUAUUUAUCCCGCUCAUCUUCGGUAGCGUUGCCAGUGUAGGAGCUUGCGUGUGGGCUGUGAAGCACGACCGAUCCUUUGAGCUGGAACUGUUCUGUGCAGUGAACGCGCUGCAGUUUGUGUUCCUGCCCCUCAAACUGGACGGAUUCGUUUCCUGGAGCUGGGAGGUGGUAUUCGUACCACUGUGGAUUGUCCUGUGCCUCUGCCUGGUGGCAGUGCUGUAUAGUAUAAUAUUCUGCGGCAUUCUCCUGCGAACACCGGAGGUUUCGCCGCAGCAGAAAAAGUCAGCUAUCAAUUCGGCGAUCGGCAACUGUGCCACCGUGCUUCCAAUCCUAGUGUUUCAGGUGCUGCUGGCGGACAAGCUGGACGAGGAUCUCGAUUGGCCGUUCAUAGCCGUGGCCGGACCAUUGCUGUUGACCCUGUUCGUGCUGAUCCUGUUGAGCUUCAACGCAAAAGGCGGCAAUAAAUGGUGGUUCGGCAUUCGGAAAAACUUCUGCCAGUUUCUGCUGGGGGUGGUUCCGUGCCUGCAGGAGUACGGCAACAUAUCAUAUCACACCGAGAGUGCCGGCCAAACGCAACCCCUGGACACGACGACCGCCCAGCUGGACGAGUUUGAAAAGUACGACAAAAAGGGCAAAAAGGCAGCACUGAACAAGAAGAACGAUCACCUCAAACCGGUGGUACCGAUCGUCAGUAUCGAUCUGCCGGAUUAGCCCGCAGAUUGGGGGAAGCUGAAGUCAGACUCUGAAAUCAGGUCCCUUAUUUUGGGUUGCAACACCUUCCUACUGUCUUAAGCUAUAAAUAGGCACAAAUUGUAUAGGAAAAAAGGAACAAACGACUCUACACACUAAUUUAUCGGAUCUGCUAGAAGUGGGGUGUAGCUUUGUGUGUAAUAUUCCUCCUCUCGACAGGAGGGAGCGCAAUUAGCCUAGAGUGGGAUGGCCUGCCACUUGAUGCGCGUAUUAUGUGAUUGAUGGAAAACUUCUUAAUUCAUUUGAAUUUAAACUCGCCAUAUUAUUUCAUUACUCUUAACCAUUUCAUAUCGCCGCCCAUCGUAAUCGUUUUCCACUGAUUAUUUGAAAGUUUUAUUCGACGAUCGGACGGUUUUCCGAUGGUUUUCUGAGAUCAUCGAACCACCCUAUUUAUUUAGCCGCUUAGAUUUAAACAUGAAAUCAUUUCGUCUCUACGCCAAUCGAACCACUUCGCAUAGGGUUUGCGAUUGAGAUUUUGCUCGUAAGUUAAGACACAAAACUCUUAAACAGAAUGCACUAUAGAGUUUAGAUAGGAAAUCAACGGAUACUGAAAUACAUAAACCCCACAAAUGAAAAGUGCGUUUCGUGUCCGUAUACAUUCACGUACGGUCCGCAGAUCGUACCGUUGUUGAAGCAUCUUGGUAACAAUACCUCGUAGUAGCGGGAGUUAUACUACUAUUAGCAAAUACUAUGGACAUAUUGUAACGCACAUAGACUAUGAAGACGGAAGAUAGAUGUAUCAUAGAAAACGUGUGUAGUCUAAUUCGGUUAUUUUUUGAGCUAGAGUACAUAUUUGGUAGUACCAAUUACAGCGCAAGAACAUUGUUGAAACGGAUAAAUCAAACGCAAAAAUGUGAAUAGAGAUUUGUAAAUAAAGUAUGAAAAACAUUCUUUUA